AUGUGCAAUUUGGAAAAGUCACUCAAACGAGACGCCAAUGAAAUUGGCAGCAAUUAUACUAUAUUUGGAGGUUUGGCACACAUUCUCGCAUACAUUUCUAUGGCAUUAAAGUGUAUGAAACAAAUGCUUCUCAAUUAUCGCAAACAUAUCACCAGUGAAUCCAAUGGCCAAUCAGUCAAAUAACAAGAAACAAUCCAAUGAAGUGAAGAGAAGUAACUCAAAAACAACUCAUUUAACAAAUCCAGUAAAACCACAGCUAAGAUCAAAAACAGUACAAAAAUCAUACAAAAAGUGUGAUUUAAAUAAUCAAAAACAUCCGACAAUUGCUUUCAUUGAGAAAUCUCACAAUGAGUUCAAAAGAUUAAAGACUAAAACAGCGAAAGGAUUGUUGUCUCAAAUCUCGGAUCUGUUUGAAAGCGAGAGUUUCGCUGAUAUAUCUAUAAUUAGAGGCAAAUAUCGGAAACGAGUUCAUAGUUGUCUUCUUUACGCACGAAUCCCAUCGCUAUUCACACAAAUCUUAAGCUUAAAUCUGAAUAAAAAUGCAUUUAAUCCGAAAACACAUGAAUAUUGUGUUCGCAUUCCUCCAGAAAUAAAAGAAUUAGAAUUAAAGGAAUUGAUUCAUAAAAUAUAUUCAGACGAUUCCGCAAACGAUAUGGAAAAAGACGAAAACGAUUUGAUGUCUAAAAUAGAAAUUUUAAACAAAACAUUUAACGAACCAAUCGGUGAUUCUUUGUGUGAUUUUACGGAAUCCGUUGAAAAUAAUUCCCAAAUGAAUUUAAGCGCAAAUUCUGUAUCAGAUAAUCGUUCAGAGGAUGAACGCGACGAAUACGACAAUUAUGGCAAUUCUGGUGAUAAUGACGGCCAUAAUGAGGGACAAGAGUCUGGAGCCGCGAGGAAAAGUCAUAUGGUUAGAAGCGGUACUUUUGAACUCUUGACAUCAAUCCAUUCCUCCGAAGAUAAUAAUGAUCUCAGAAAUAAUGAUAAUAACUGUAAAACCAAUGAUGAAAUUGAAUUAUUGGAUUCAAUUGAACAAAAUAUUCAAAAUAUCGAUUUAAACGAAACCAUUGAUCAUAAAAACAACAGAAAAAAGUCAAAUGAUUUGACUCCAAAUACGUCCACGAAUUCAAUGUUUUCACUAUUCAUUGAUAUUAACGAACCGACGGUUGAUAUUCGGGAACCAGAAAGACCUCAAACCACUAAAGAUGAC